GCUCUAUUUCUAGAAUGUGAUUUACGAUUUAAUAUAGCAUUAAUUUUAAUAACAUUUAAAUCAUCAUAGGACACAAUAAAACACAAAACUUGUAUAACUUGUAAAAUUGUAAUUUUUUGUAAAAAUUUAUUAAUUUGUUGGUGGGCUUUGUGCAAUCUACCUAAGUUCUUCCGUCUGUAGUUUUCAAAUCUGUCACUUGUCGUACUUGUCACUUGUUAACUGUCAUAUUUUUUGGUUAUCUUCGUUCCAGUUUUAGCAAGUUUCGCCGUUUUUACUAUGUUUUAUGGCGUUAUUAGCCAAGAAACAUUGAUUUUUGAGGAACUUUGAUGUACAUUUCGUGUUAGAAACCCUGAACAGGCACUUGACCAUCAAAGUUUAAAAUGUCUUCAGAACUGGACCAAUGGAUUGAAAUAGUGAAAGAUUGCAAGUAUUUGACCGAAAAUGACUUGAAAAAAUUGUGCAGUAUCGUAUGUGAUAUCCUUUUGGAGGAGUCUAACGUGCAGCCUGUCUCCACUCCUGUGACAGUUUGUGGCGACAUCCACGGCCAGUUUUAUGACUUGGAGGAGCUUUUCCGGCAAGGGGGCCAAGUUCCUGACACCAAUUACAUAUUUUUAGGCGAUUUUGUUGACAGAGGGUAUUAUAGUCUUGAGACUUUUACCAGAUUACUGACUUUAAAAGCUGCAUUUCCAAACAAAAUUACUUUGUUAAGGGGCAAUCAUGAGAGUAGACAAAUUACGCAAGUUUAUGGGUUUUAUGAUGAAUGUCUGACGAAAUAUGGCAACGCUAAUGCUUGGAAAUACUGUUGUUCUGUGUUCGAUCUGCUUACUGUCGCUGCUUUAAUCGAUGAGAAAGUGUUAUGUGUGCAUGGGGGCUUAAGUCCAGACAUUAAAACGGUUGAUCAGAUUCGGACUUUAGAAAGAAACCAAGAAAUUCCACAUAAAGGUGCCUUCUGUGAUUUAGUUUGGUCGGAUCCUGAGGAUGUGGACACGUGGGCGUCGAGUCCCAGAGGGGCUGGGUAUUUGUUUGGGGCGAAGGUCACUCACGAAUUCAUGCAAAUUAAUGCGCUGACAUUAAUUUGCAGAGCUCAUCAAUUAGUUCACGAAGGCUAUAAAUACAUGUUUGAUGAUAAGCUGAUAACAGUGUGGUCGGCCCCUAAUUAUUGCUACCGGUGUGGUAACAUUGCAAGUAUUUUGGAAUUCCAAACCACGGAUAAAGUUGAACCGAAAUUAUUUAACGCCGUACCCGACAAUGAACGAGUUAUUCCAAGUAGAAGUGUGACUCCGUACUUUUUGUAAUUUUACGCCGCUAGAAUCAAUAAAUGAUUUUCAAAU